AUGGCUCUAAGCUUCCUUUCCAACUUAUGGAAUUCUUCUGCUUCUCCUCAACAAAAACAAAACCCAGAUAUUGUCGGUUUCCAACAAAGAAAAAAGCCUAGAUUUAGCAACUUGUCGUUCUCAAACACAUAUAGUAAUCCUUGUCCACUCAUCAUCCAAAACGACGACAAUAAUUCCUUCUUCUCACACCACAAUAACGUCUACACUAGUACAAGUACUAAUUAUUCCCAUUUCCUUCCCACAUCAAGUAACAAUAACAACGCUUUCUUCAACUCUCUCUCGUCACCACAAACCCUAUUUCCUCUGGAAGAGCUUGAGUACAAUCCCUACCCGUAUAGCAGUCGCGUUUCGGAUCAAUUUUUCGACGGGUUUUCCUCGAGCCCUUAUUUGUUUCCGGAGCUUUUGACCGAUGAAGAUCGAAUACUGCUGGCUCCAUUGCUUAGGGAGCCUCAGGUUAUUUGUGAUUUUCCAGUGCAACAAGAUAAUGAUGUCGUGUAUGAUUGUGGAAAUAGUUAUGAUGAUGCUCAUCAUCAGGAGAUCAGUACAACUGAAUUGAAGAAGGGUAGCAGUGGUGGUAGCAGUAGUACUGCGGUGUCGCCGCAGAGCGUCGCGGCCCGAGAAAGGAGGAGGAAGAUAACGGAGAAGACACAGGAGCUAGGAAAGCUGGUUCCUGGUGGGAAUCAGAUGAGCACUGCUGAGAUGUUUCAAGCUGCUUAUAAGUAUGUCAAGUUUUUGCAGGCUCAAGUCUCGGUUCUUCAAUCCAUCGACUCCUUAAUUCAGGAGACGAAGCAAGAACCAUUGCAUAUCAAAGAACUGCAAGUCUUAACAUCGCCGGUUGUUCAACAGAAGUUGUACUCGGAAGAGAAGUGCUUGGUUCCUAAACAAUUCGCCGACCAAACCCUAGCAAGCCGUCCAGAGUUUCGAUCGACUUCAUUCGAACAAAAAGCUUAG